GUAAUUGUGGGCAGUAUUUUCGAGGUAGUGUGGGCCACCAUCAAACCAGGCACAUCCUUUGGGAUCAGUGUGUUACGAGCUCUGAGACUUCUUCGCAUUUUCAAAGUCACAAAGUACUGGGCUCCUCUUCGUAACCUGGUGGUCUUGCUAAACUCCAUGAAGUCCAUUAUCAGUUUGCUCUUCCUCCUCUUCCUCUUCAUCGUAGUCUUUGCCUUGUUGGGGAUGCAGCUGUUUGGUGGACAAUUCAACUUUGAAAACGGGACUCCGCCCACUAACUUUGACACAUUUGCAGCGGCGAUCAUGACGGUGUUUCAGAUUCUUACAGGAGAGGAUUGGAACAUGGUGAUGUACGACGGUAUCAAGUCCCAGGGAGGAGUCAACGACAAAGGGAUGAUUUUCUCCAUUUUCUUCAUUGUCCUCACACUCUUUGGCAACUACACUCUGCUUAACGUCUUCUUGGCCAUCGCCGUUGACAACCUGGCCAAUGCCCAGGAGCUCACUAAGGACGAGGAGGAGCAGGAUGCGGCAGCCAAUCAGAAGACAGCGAUGCAGAAAGCGAAGGAGGUGGCCGAGGUCAGCCCGCUGUCAGCUGCCAACUUGUCUAUUGCUGCGAAAGAACAGCAGAAGAACCACAUCAACAAAGGGGGCAGCAAGUCAGUGUGGGAGCAGAGGACGAGCGAGAUCCGCCGACAGAACCUGAUGACGAGCCGCGAGGCGCUCUACAACGAGCUGGAGCAGGAAGAGUGGAAGGUGGGGGAGGGAGAGGAGCCCCAGGUGCCCUUCCCACAACGGAAACCACGUGGUGAUAUGAAGACACACCUGGACCGGCCGCUGGUGGUCAACCCGCAGGACAACCGCAACAAUAACACCAACAAAACCCAACCCGGUGAGCUGCCUCUGGAUCAGGAAUAUCAGCGGCAGGACGUCGACCACUACCGGCGUGCAGCGCACCACUAUCGUCACCAUCACCAUCACCAUCCGAAAGCAAUCGCACCUAUCAACAGCGAGCAGCCAGGACAGCCAAUGGAGACGCGGAUGGAGCACGGCUUCAGCUGCACGUCCCUGGGCAACGUGGAGGGUCAGCAAGGUGAAGAGAGGCACAGCCACAGGAGCCACCGGGGCCACCGGCACAGGAACAAGGAAGGCAGGGAGACUCGCAGCGUGUCUCCCCGCCACAGCGAGAGGGGAGAGGGAAACAACGAGCACAGGAGGUCCAGGCAGCACCGCAGGGCAGCUAAAGAGGGGGAGGAGGGCAAGAGACACAGAUCCAAGGGCACAGAGGGUGAAGGAGAGAAGGGCGAAGAAGGAGAGGUGAGGAAGACGAGACGGCAUCGCCAUGGAAACCAAGAGAGAAGCAGAGGGCAUCGCACGAGAAAGGAGCACCACAGCACAGGUCCCAGCCUCUCCACCACCCGACCCAUACAGCAGUACAAUGAGGACCUGGACAACUUCCGCAACAACAGCAAACUAGCCAGUGCUCACGAACACCCUUACGACCUUCCGCCGGACCACCCGGACCACGUCAACAACCUGCUGAACUGCCGAGACGCAGACACCCACACCCUGCUCCACAGCAUGGACAGCCUCAUCCUUACCAGCAUGGUCAAACCUGAAUACACAAGCAUAGACAUGCCCCCUGUUUACCCCUACCCCUCAACCAACGCCAUCCUGCAAGUGAACAAGAACGCCAACACCGAUCAGAAGAAGAGCGAGGAGAAGAAGGAGGAGGAAGACGACGAAGGGGAUGAAGACGGCCCUAAACCGAUGCCUCCCUACAGCUCCUGCUUUAUAAUGUCCACCACAAACCCGUUUCGGAAGUGCUGUCACUACAUCUUGACUCUGAAGUAUUUUGAGUUCAGCAUCCUGUCUGUCAUCGCUAUGAGCAGCAUCGCCCUCGCUGCAGAGGACCCUGUCCAGCCUGAUUCACCGCGAAACAAUGUGCUGAAAUAUUUUGACUACGUUUUCACAGGCGUCUUCACUUUUGAAAUGUUGAUCAAGAUGGUGGUGCUCGGCUUGUUUCUCCACCAGGGCUCCUACUUCCGCGACUUGUGGAACAUUCUGGACUUUAUAGUGGUUAGUGGUGCUCUGGUGGCCUUCGCCUUCACGGGGAGCAGCAAGGGUAAAGACAUCAGUACGAUCAAGUCCCUUCGUGUGCUGAGGGUGCUGCGUCCUCUUAAGACCAUCAAACGUCUCCCCAAACUAAAGGCUGUGUUUGACUGUGUGGUCAACUCUCUGAAGAACGUGCUGAACAUCUUAAUUGUCUACAUGCUCUUCAUGUUCAUCUUUGCUGUGGUGGCCGUGCAGCUUUUCAAGGGCCGCUUCUUCUACUGCACGGACGAAUCCAAAGAGUUUGAGCGCGACUGCAGGGGCGAGUACUUAGUGUAUGAUAGGGAUGAGGUUAAAGCGCAGAAGCGGGAGUGGAAGAAGUACGAUUUCCACUACGACAACGUGGCUUGGGCCCUGCUCACCCUCUUCACGGUCUCGACUGGAGAGGGGUGGCCGCAGGUGUUAAAGCACUCAGUGGACUCCACCUAUGAGAAUCAGGGCCCGAGCCCAGGUUAUAGGAUGGAAAUGUCCAUCUUUUACGUGGUGUACUUCGUUGUCUUCCCCUUCUUCUUCGUUAAUAUCUUUGUGGCUCUCAUCAUCAUCACCUUCCAGGAACAGGGGGAUAAGAUGAUGGAGGACUAUAGCUUAGAAAAGAAUGAGAGAGCUUGUAUAGAUUUCGCCAUCAACGCCAGGCCUCUUACUCGCCAUAUGCCAAAGAACAAACUCAGCUUCCAGUAUCGCAUGUGGCAGUUUGUGGUCUCUCCGCCCUUCGAGUACAGCAUCAUGGCUCUAAUCGCGCUCAACACUGUCGUCCUCAUGAUGAAGUUCAACGGUGCUUCGGACACCUACAACGAUGUCCUGAAGUACCUCAACAUUGUGUUUACGACGUUCUUCUUCUUGGAAUCAGUCCUCAAGAUCGUCGCUUUCGGCCCUCUGAAUUACUUCAGAGACGCCUGGAACAUUUUUGAUUUUGUCUCAGUCCUUGGAAGCGUCACUGACAUAUUAGUUACAGAGCUAGGGAAUAACUUCAUCAACCUGAGCUUCCUGAGGCUGUUCAGAGCAGCUCGUCUCAUCAAGCUGCUGAGACAGGGAGAGACUAUCCGCAUCUUGCUGUGGACCUUCGUCCAAUCCUUCAAGGCUCUGCCAUACGUGUGUCUGCUCAUUGCCAUGCUCUUCUUCAUCUACGCCAUCAUUGGCAUGCAGUUGUUUGGGAAUCUGUCACUAGAUGAGGAGAGAGAGAACGCCAUCAACGAGCACAAUAACUUCAGAACCUUCAUCAUGGCCCUAAUGUUGCUGUUCAGGAGCGCUACAGGUGAAGCGUGGCAUGAUAUCAUGUUAUCGUGCCUGGGGGGUAAAGAAUGCGACCCAGCUUCAGGGAACACAGAACCCGAGUGUGGCAGCACCUUUGCCUACACCUACUUUGUCUCCUUCAUUUUCCUCUGCUCUUUCUUGAUGCUCAAUCUGUUUGUGGCCGUCAUCAUGGACAACUUUGAGUACCUGACCAGAGACUCUUCAAUCCUGGGGCCGCAUCACCUGGACGAGUAUGUAAGGAUAUGGGCCGAGUACGACCCUGCUGCCUGCGGGCGCAUACAUUAUAAGGAUAUGUACAGUUUAUUGCGAGUUAUCUCCCCUCCCCUGGGCCUUGGCAAGAAAUGCCCACAUAGGGUGGCCUGCAAGAGGCUGCUGCGAAUGGAUCUGCCGGUUGCAGACGACAACACGGUACAUUUUAACUCCACCCUCAUGGCGCUGAUCAGGACAGCACUGGAUAUAAAGAUUGCCAAGGGUGGUGCAGACAAGCACCAAAUGGAUGCAGAGCUGAGAAAGGAGAUGAUGGCGAUUUGGCCAAACUUAUCGCAGAAGACACUGGACUUGCUGGUCACACCGCAUAAGGCAGCCACAGACUUGACGGUGGGCAAAAUCUACGCCGCCAUGAUGAUCAUGGAAUACUACCGGCAGAGCAAGACGAAAAGGCUGCAGGCCCUGCGAGAGGAACAGAACCGAACGCCAUUAAUGUUUCAGCGCAUGGAGCCGCCCUCAGAGGGAGGGGGCACGGAUGGCCAGGGGGGGCAGGGCCUGAAUGGCCUCCCCAGCACCCAGCCGGACAACGUCAACAGCAUACCUCCCGAAGGUGGCAUGACUGACAGCCAGUCGUGGGUGACGACCAAAGCCCAGGAGAUGUUCCAAAACACGGGUAACUGGAGCCCCGACAGACCCUACCCUGACGAUCUCCACGACAACCGGCACAACCCACAGACGGUAGAGAUGAGGGAGAUGGGGCGGGACGGGUACUCCGACACUGAGCCCUAUCACCCAAUGGAUGGGCAUGGGCGGACCCUCUCCAUGCCCCGCCUCUCGGCAGACAACCAAACCAUCACAGACACCAGUCCGAUGCGUCGCUCCACCUCCAGCCUGGUCCACGGGCGCACGGGCCGGGGCGUGAGGCUGGAUGACUACUCCCUGGAGAGGGUGGUGUCCGAGGAGGGGAGGCACGGCGGAGGGCGGAGGCACAGGGACCGGAGUCACCGCACCCCCUCCCAACGUUCCCUGACCAGAUACACUGAUGCUGACACGGGUCUGGGCACAGACCUCAGCACCACAACGCAGUCGGGCGACUUGCCACCCAAGGAGCGCGAGCGGGACCGCGGCAGGACCAAGGACCGUCGUCACCACCAUCACCACCACCAUCACCACGGCUCCAUGGACAAGGAACGUUACGGCCCCGAACGCCACGACUACCCACACAGGCAUCCCCAGGACCGCCACUGGUCCCGUUCGCCCAGCGAGGGGCCGGAGGGACGGGGUCACAGACAGGGCAGUAGUUCGGUGAGCGGCAGCCCGGUCCCCUCCACCUCGGGGACCAGCACUCCGAGGAGAGGCCGUCGUCAGCUGCCCCAGACACCCGCUGUCCCCCGUCCACAUGUCACCUACUCCCCCGCUGUCCGCAAGCCCAGUUAUGGCCCUCCGGGGCCGGGCCGCCUGCGCUCACCUUCACCCCGACACUUCUCCCCACCAGACCACGAAAGAGGCUACCACCACCGACCUCCGUCACGCCACGGCUCCCCCCACCACGGGGGCUCUUCGUCCAGGCACGGUUCGCCGCGCUCCCCUAGACACCAGUCCCCGCGCUCACCCCUCCAUGGCUCGCCCAGGUCCCCUCACCGAGGCCGCUGGAGUGGGCCUCCGCCUGGGGACAGCCUGGAGGGUGACGGGCCUUUCUACGAGCGUGACUACGAGUACGAGCGGCACCAUGAGCCCCCUGCCUAUGAGCAAAGCCUCUCCCAUGGCAACCCGCACCCACAUGGGGGGAAUCCUCACCCACACCCACGCUCACCUAGGACUGCCCGUCAAGGGCCCCCUCCACCCCCUCACCCGCAUCCUCGCAGGGUGCCCAAUGGCUACCGCUCAUCUUCACCUUCCCACACAUCGACGGGGACCACCUGGGGCGCCCCCCACCACACCCACACCACCGGCCCCCUCAUCCCCGAGGGCCCCGCAAGGGCCUACAUGAACCUUAUAGUGAGACGGACGAGGAUGACUGGUGCUAGCGACCACAGGGAGUGAGAGAUAAGGGCAGGAGAGGAGAAGAACAGCCGCCUCCAGUGCUCUGGCCUUGAAUAUGUAGACUUUUAACAAAGCAGAGGUGGUAGAGGAGAUGUUGGGGGGAGGGGUUGGACGUCCUCCAGACCCUUACACCUUCACCCCUUGGACUCAAAAUGUGAGGAAGGGGCAGAGGGGAGGGGGAUGAUGGUGCUGCGAAUAGCUUUUCACACAUUUUGUGUAAGACUCAAAUCAGUGACAGAGCAGCAGAUGAAUAACUUGAUUUUAAAAAAAAGACAGCAAAGACAACUGGACAAGGCCCGGGCACAGUUUACCUCUCCCUCUCUCAGUCACAGAACUACGCUUCCCAGAAUUCUCUGCUUGACCAGCAAGGCCAGGCUGCAGGAGGAAGAGAGUGGUGUGAGAACAGAAAGCGAGGGAGAAGCAUGUCGUGUAAAAAAUUAAUUAAUUAAAAAAGAAAAAAGGCCAAGGAUGAUUGCAGUUUGCGAGGCCUAAAAGCACUUCUCCCAGACUGACGCGGUGUAAUUGGUUAGUUUUGUCAGAUCUGUGCUGUUUGUCGCUGGCCGGUCUGCUACUGUAAAAGCCUGAAAAUGAGCUGGAACACAGAGUCCACUGCUUCGACUCUGCUCCUCAACAGAUACUUUUAAAAGGAAAAUAAAAUUAAUAAAAAGCCAGGACCCCCUAACCCUUACAUGCCAAGCUAUGCCUCCAGAAAAAUCAAAAUUGAACAAUGAAGAACAAAAUGAAACUUUACAUGACAAUGAAAAGAAAAAAAAAGGGAGAAAAACCACUUUAUCUUUAAACUUUUUCCUUUCCAAGGGACAUAACCAGGAAGCUCCGCCUAUACUGCAAAAACCAGCCAAUCACAGCGCUGGCUGAUAUUUGAUGAGUUUUAUCAUCUCUGUUUACUGUUAAAGACUCACUUAAUGCUGAACUGGUGUGACAUCACUUCCUGUCUGGUGGUGGUGGAAGU